UCAUCAACGCAGUUGCUCUGUUGUGUUUUGUGAAGCCUGGUGUGACCCGCGCAAUUAUCCUUCUGUUCUCACGAGCCUAAUCCUCGCUUCUUUUUGACGUCUAUAAGCUCAUCUCUUUUCGGUGUCAGUUAGCUUUACGAGCAUGAUCUAUUGGUCACAAGCACGUGUAGUCAUAGCCUCGUCAAGGUCGGUCUAUUCCAUACGUGAUGACCCGUAGCCUGCAUCCCGAGCUCCCAUCGGAAGCUACGACGCUCCAAUUAUCCUUCACCCAGAGAGGAAUUUCCGGACCUCAAUUCUCGUUGCUGUGGUUACGGAUCAGUGAAAUCAGUUCUAAAAUACCUCAUACCCUGUCUUCACUCCCUGCAUCCCGCCAAAUCGCGCGAUUAGAACCCGUGCCCCCGUUUGAGUCACUUUCCGAGUGGAUAAGCUCGGAGGAGAAAUGGCUGCAAUGAUCACCUCUUCCUCCUCCGGCCCCUCCGGCCCCUCUGGCUCCUCGGGGCCCUCUCGCAGAGCUUUCCGAAUCGCCACCGGAGCUGCAACUGGAGCCCCCGCAGCUUCGCCAAAAGCUCCGAGGUCGUCGCCAACAACUGGCAGCCUAUCGGGCGCCGGCGGUGCCGGCGGGGCUAGCGGUUUAAAUACGCGGCCGUUAGUCUCCUCACCAGUGCCGUCGGUGCCGCUAGUGCCUUCGCCUCUGCCUCCUCAACUCGCGUCUCCGCGGGCUCCGCGGUCGAGUUUCCCCGCGGUACUCCCCGCAAAGUCGUCUCCGCAAACUCCGCGGUACUCUCCCGUUCCGUCGCCGCCGGUUUUCUCCCCUCUUCCCAACACGUGGCUAAACGACAAGCUAUCCCGCCCCAAGGCGCACGGGAGCCUUUCCCUCUACAACCGCGGAAUCUCCGGUUCGGCGAGGGACGGCGAUCGCGAGUGUCGCGAAGUUUGCGAACGAAGUUCUCCGAAGGUUUCGCUGGUUCGCCAGGGAAGCGCGGGCGGGGAGGUACUCGUGCGGACGUAUUCGUUCCAGGGCGUAUCCGGUGAGGCUGCGUCCGCCGUUGAGGGGCGUCACGCGGAGAACGCGCAAACCGCGGGAAGCCGCGGAAGCGGACAGUACGCUGCGGUAGACGAGGGCUGCGCGGAGGGGGAUGGCGGAACGCUCGUGAUUGCGAACACUCUGCGCCGGAACUACCAGCUCGGUAGUGGGUCAGGCUCGGCGACACGUCCUCAUUGGAACGGAUACUUGGCUGACGUGGCAGUUACAGGGGAGGAGCUCGCGGAGCGAAUCGGGCUUCCUUCUUGCGCGCGUGCUUUUGCUGCUUACGUCGCCGCUUCGCGGAAGCUUCAGCUUCUUUCCUUGGAGGAGCUGACACGUCAGCUUCAAGAGAACGCGAUCUGGCCGUCCAGGUUCGAGUCGCUCAAGCAACGGCUGCAUUCGAACGACAUCGCAACUGCCGGUCCUGAAGCAUCCAAGAAACAUUCGCGACUGCCGGCGGAAAGUGGCGGAAAUUCCGGAAGCCCGACAUCGGUCCUCGAGAGGUCUCAUUAUAAGCACGUCCGUGUACACCCAUACCUUAUCCAGUUCUACCGCUUUUGCCGGCAGAUGCUGCUCGACCUCCAACUGCUGUCCGCGUUAGACGCUACCGACUGCACAAAGGCGCGAGUUACAAGUUCUCAGGGGUUGCCUUUUAACGGGUUCGCGCUGCCAUGGGCUGCGGAGUUCGUGCCUUCAAGCACCAGCCUCGGAGCGAUGGUCUCUGCCGAUCGAGCAUCGGGCGUGAGUAACUCGAAUGGUGAUUAUAACGGGGGAGCCACCAUGCGGAGGCAGCAACUCGCUGCCAAAUGGUUGGAGCUGUGCGCGGCUGCCGCUGCCGACGCGGGGAAGGAUUGCGCGGGCGAGUGGGAUGCGGAAAGAAACGACGCCCUCUUUGAGGUGCUGUCCCGCGCGCUGCUGGCGUUACGGAUGGACGAAAUACUGGCGAAUGGGGUAACCGGAACUGUUGACGAGGAGGAAGAAGAAGCUGCGAGCGCUGGCGCCGGAGUCGGGGGAAACCGGGGGGGGAGCAGAAAGCGCGAGGAGGACGAGAUGGUGAAGCGGUGGCGGAGGCGCGCGAGUGAGGGGAGGGGAACGCGCGGAGCGCUGGUGCUGGCGGUGAAGCUGAGCGGAACGGAUGCGAGCCGCUGGGUGCUGCGAAUGGCGGGCGGCGCGGACGUGAACGUGCGGCGCGUGGCGGCUGGCGUCAUCGAUCGGAUUCUAUGGGACGUGGAAACGGGCCGAGUGCAAAACGAGCUUGAGAAAGAAUGUGCCAGGCAGUGCUCGAACCCGCGACCUGGUGAAAUCGGCCAUCCUGGAAACCUCGCUACACUUUCUGCGUCGAACGGAAGCUCUUUGUCGUCAUCCGAUCGGCUGUCCUCGCCUUCAUUGUCGUCUAGCGACAGCGACAGCAGCGACGGAGAGGAGGAGAGGAAGGGCGGAGGGGCGGCCGGGAAAGGGCCGGGUUCCAUCCCCGUUAGUAGCUCCACGGACGUGCUUAUAGCGAAGGUCGCUGGCGCUCUGGUUGCGUCUCUUGGCGCAACAGCAGCGGGCAUAGCUGCCCGCGCUACAGCUACUCUACCCGUAGGCCCGCAUGCUACAGCCGGCGCUACCGGCGGAAGCAAAGCGUCCGCGGGCGGAUAUGUUUCAGGCGGAGAAAUCUCCCCCCAAAUCAGGAGCCUAUCGCUGCCGGCUCAAGUGGACCCGGAACAACUACUUUCCCAAGCAUCGUCCACGUUAUCGCCGCGGCUAUCCACGUCAGCAUUGUCUAGUGGCUCUUCCACAGGUGGGGGAGUGGGGAGCAGAGCGGGGGAGAGUGCGGGGGGGAGCGCGGACAGUUGCGCGGGGAAGGACGGGAAGAGGAGUGCGAGCAGCAGCAGCAGCGCGAGCAGCACUGAGAGCACUGCCGCGAGCAAGCCCAAGGAUGGGGGGAGUGCCCCUGGCGCGGCAGGCGCGGCACGCGGGGGGGGCGCAGGGGGAGAUGCGGUGGGGAGAGGGUUCGGGGUGGGGAGCACCGUGCUGGGGCUGACGUCACCGCGUGUGGCGCAAAACACAGCGCAGAGCGCUCAACAACAGCAGCAGCAGCAGCAGCAGCAGCAGAGGGGAGUGGGUGAACCGAGCAGAACCGCGCUCUCUUCUCGGCCUUUCAGCUCAGUUCCGUGUUCCCCCGCCCACCGUGCCGGGGGAGCUUCUGGGGAAGGGUCCGGGAAAGCACGGUCAGGCAGAGGGGUUUUGGACGCCGAAGCAGCAGCGGCUCGGUUGCAAGCCAUAGCUGCUGCGGCUGCCAAAGCUGACUCUGGUUCGGACAGAGGAAGGUCCGAGGCGCCUGAGAGCCCGCGAUUUGGCGCGAGCCGUUUCCCUGCUGGUCCAGGUUCGGUUGUUUCUGUUCAUUCGUCGUACAGUGCAUUUACUGUACCUAAUUCCGCUAUGUCAUUUAAUGGCGGUUUGGACCGAACUUUCGGUAGCAGCAGUGGGUUACUGAAAGUGGAGAGGCGAGGAUCGAGCGCUAGUGUUACAGGAGAUGCUGGUUACCACAACUACAGCAACAGCUACACCACAGGAGGGGGAGGAACAUCCGCAGCUGCUGCGGCUGCGGUUGCCGCAUCAAGGCUCAUGUCGAGUUCGGUCCCUUGUUCCCCUCUCCAUCCCUCCAACUCCCCCGUUCACUACGCGACAACUCCCAUGCACUACAGUACCAGUUCGCAUCAUUCAAUGCACGGUACAGUGCACUCUACAGUACAUCACGGUACAGUGCAAUCGAAUUCGGUGCAAUUUCCGUCUUCCCCCAAUAGAUGCACAUCCAGCCCCCGAUAUGUGAUUAAUCCCUCCACCCCUCGUUAUAGUGCCACUGGCCUGUAUAGCUCCAGCCCCAGGCAUCCAGGAUCCUCCUCUGCUUCUCUCUACUGCCCCAGUCCCUCCCCUCGCUAUAGUCACAGCCCAGUGCACCAUGCAUCUUCUCACACUGCCCCCAGCCCCAUUCACUACAGCGGUGGUGGCUAUCAAUCCCCAAGUCCCUCUCAUUACAGUACCGCUCCAUAUAGUCACAGUCCACAGUAUCACCCCUCCUCCUCCACACCUCUCCACCCUUCUGCAUCCCCCAACCACCCUCACCACCUCCCUUCCCCUGCCUCCUUCUCCUACCCGUCUCCAGCUCCCCAAACCUCCCUUGCUGUUCCCGAGCCUGCUGGGCUAGGUUUGGUAACAGCUGCGGCUGGGGGCAGGGCAGGCCGGGAGGCUGGUUCGGUGGCAGGUAUGUCAGGAGGAGAGAGAAGGAGAGGGAGUGUGGGAGGGAAGGGGGUAGAGAGGGGAUUGAAGACGGGGGGAGUGAAGAGCACUAUGAGACAAAAGGCGUUUUUUGGUGCUGGGGUGGUGUGGAGUGUGGAGGAGGGAGCAGGGGAGGAGGCAGAGGGAGAGGGAGAGGGAGAGGAGUGUGAUACGGACGAGGGUGACUAUGACGAAGGGUCGAGCUCAGAAGAGGACAAGGAUGACGACACGCUCGGAUUCUCAAGGAAAUAUUAUGCGCCUUCUAACAACGCUGGACAUGCCACUCUCUCUGCCUGCCCCUCACCUGCCCCCUCUGCACCCUCUGCUCUCUCCACUUCCGCUCCUGCUCCCUCUCCGUACACUCCUGGCAAUCCCAAUGCCACCCCGCUAACCCGGACACCCUUCGCCUCCUCCCCUGCCCACUCUGCCAUCUCCCGCCCCUCCCCUUCACGAUCCAACUUUUCCGCUUUGCCUGCCCAUGCCUCCUCUAACUCACCUGCCCGAGCCGCAUUUUCGUCGUCGCCUGCCCGUGCCUCAAACAAUCCACGCACCCAUGCCUCCAUACCGGCUCCGCUCUUAACCCAAGCUUCCCCGCUCCGUCGCCCUGUGACUCCUUCCUCCUCCUCUUCCUCCUCCUCUCCACUCAUUGCCACUUCUAGUGCUCCAAGCGCUUCCUCUGCCUCCGCCUCCCCUGCUGCUUCAGUAACCGGCGCCCGCAAGAGCUCACUGAAAGGGCCACACAGGAGCGAGAGUAAAGGGAGCGUGUUGUGCAGGAGUGGGAGUGGGAGCAGCAGCAGGGGGGAAGGGGAAGGGGGUAUGAUGGCUACUAGGAGCAACAGUGGGGAAGGCGGGGCAAUGCUGCGAGCUACCAGCAGCACCAGAAGCAGCAGCACCGGCAGCAGCAGCAGCACGGGCAGCAGUGAUGGGGGUGAUGCUGCUGGGAGUGGGGCGAAGGGAGGGAGGCGGCGAGUGACUUUUGCUAAGUGUGGAGAGAUAGAGGAGGAGGGGGAAGAGGUGGUGGAGGUGGGGGAAGAGGCGAUAAACGAGAUUUCAGCUCCUGCCUCUGCCCCUCCUGCUCCUCCUGCUGCUGCUUCUCCUCCUGCUGCUCCUACUGCUGUUGGUCCUACUAUUACCGCCCCCCCUGCUGUUCAUGCUGCUGCUUCUCCUGUUGCUGCUGCUGUUGCUGCUGCUGCUGGUGCUGCUCCGGAUGACCAGUCAGAGUCUUCAGGUGCAUCAGCGUCCCCUGCGCAAGCCACUGAAGGCCCAGCCUUACCCAUCCCUGUGUCAGGAUCCUUCACGUUAUUUCUCAACGCACACAGCAACCGUCCUGCCACACCAUCUGAUUGCGGUCGCCGGAGCCUUGACGUGAAGACUCCUUUGGCUUUAAAGACUUCUGAUAGCCAAGCCGUGGUGAAAUCUCCCGUUGGAGCAGCUGAGGUUGUGGGCUCGGAAGGGAAAACGAGUGCUGGAGAGAAGAAAAAAGGGUUUUGGAGGUGGAGGCCGUGGCGGGCUUCUAAGUGAUGUGAUGGCUACGAUGUUCCUUGUUAGUGUGUGGUAAAUGGGUGGCAUAUGGGUGUAGCUUAUAUUUUGUUCAUUCUUCAUGAACAAUGUUAUAGCUUUUCGUUUUCUCCAUAUAAGGCGAAACCAUU